AUGGACGAGAUUAAAAAGUUCAGAGACCCCGAGCUAGACCAAAUCAGACGAAAGACCGGGUCGAAGAACAAAGGAACAUUAAAACUGGUAUCGUACUCUCGUGGAGAAGGACAAGGACGUCCCUCUACAUUUGCGUACGACAACUACAGUAUAAAUGAAGACAUUUCUGAUGGAAAGGACAACUGGAACUUAACGGCAAUUAAUCCAAAACAGCAUUGGACUAAGGCAAAAUGGCUGCGGAAAUUUAGGUGGCCAAGCAGACAUUCCGAUGACAAUAACGACGAUGAACACAAAGAACAAGUUUGUCAUUGUCCUCGUCAAACGUGCAAUGGACAACGGAGUAUAAUAGUUUUGGCCCUUGUACUAUGUAUAAUAGCCGUGGCUGUAGCGACUCCACUUCUGAUUGUCUUCCUCUCCAGAAAAGAAAACAAGGUCACAGUAGGAAGAAUAAAACUGGAGUUAACACUGGCUAACCGGUAUCAACCAGGCAUGGAGAAUUCUACGUCCACCAUGUUCCAGUCGACCGAAACGGAGCUCUGUACGGAGGUGGAGCAGGCAUUCACCACAUCAGGGUACUUUCCAGAUGAUACCAUCCUCAGUUGCAGCCUUGAAUCACUCAAAAAUGGCAGCAUCAUCGCUGAGCUUGGAUUCAAUAUUUCCAGUCAACACACUAUACCAGACGACGACAAGUCUGUCCAGGCAAUCAUGUUCUUUGUCGGAGAUUCUGGGAAGCUUGGUUCAUUUACUCUUGCAAGUAUAAGAGUUGUCAGCGCUUCUGCAACAGAAGAGGUUGAAUUGAUGAGUACUGUAGAAACAAACUUAGAACCAAAUCUUACACAAUCCAACAACCAGACAAAUCCAGAACGCAUAACUACGUCAGUCACUCUUGGAUCAGCAGCAACGCCAACAGCUGUAGUGUCAAAAGCAGCCACAACGACUUCUCCAGCGUCAACAUCAACAACCCAAAUGCAAACCACGACCAUAACCAAUCCAGAUAAAGCGAUAGUUGACCCAGCGCGUACUCCACCGACAACCAUAACGCUUUCCAAGCAAGCUCCAAACACGACCACCCAUACAACAUCCACAACCAUUCCGGUGCCAACGACUCCAGUGCCAACUAAACCGAUAACCACUCCAGCGACCACCACCAUAAUCACCCCAGAGCCAAUCACAACUACAACCAACACAGCGCCGACCACCACGACAACCAUCCAAGCGCCAACCACUACGACAAAAUCCCCAUCAUCGACCACAACGACAACGACCCAAGCGACCACAACCACGACAACCAAACCAGCGCCAACCACAACUACAACCACCCCAGCGCAGACCACAACUACAACCACCCUAGUGCCGACCACAACUAUAACCACUCCAUCGCCGACCAUCACGACACCCACCCCUACGCCAACCACAACUACAACCACCCAAGCGCCGAGAACCACAACAACCACCGCGACAACCACUCCAGCGCCAACCAUAACUACAACCACCCUAGCACCGACCACCACGACAACCACCUUAGCGCUAACCACAACUACAUCCACCCCAGCGCCGACCACAACUACAACCACCCAAACGCCGACCACCACGACAACCACCCCAGCGCCAUCCACCACGACAACCGCCCCAGUGCCAACCUCAACUACAACCACCCCAGUGCCAACCCCAACUACAACCACCCCAGUGCCAACCACAACUACUACCACCCCAGCGCCGACCACAAGUACAACCACCCCAGCGCCGAUCGCCACGACAACCACCACAGCGCCGACCACCACGACAACCACCACAGCGCCAACCACCACGACAACAACCACAGCGCCAACCACAACUACAACCACCCCAGCGCUGACCACAACUACAACCAUCCUAGCACCGACCACCACGACAACCACCUUAGCUCUAACUACAACUACAACCACCCCUACGCCAACCACAACUACAACCACUCCAGCGCCGACCACCACUACCACCACCCCAGCGCCAACCACAACUACAACCACCCCAGCGCCGACCACAACUACAACCACUCCAGCGCCGACCACCAAGACAACCACCACAGCGCCGACCACAAUUACAACCACCCCAGCGCCGACCACCACGACAACCACCCUAGCGCCAACCACAAUGACAACCAUCUCAACGCAUACCACCAAUAUUUCCGGCUUUUCCCCGCAUGACUGCAACGAAAAAGUUGAUGUUAUAUUUCUGCUUGACGUAUCUGGAAGUAUAGGAACUGCUAAUCUUAUAUUUAUGAAGUAUCUCAUCAAAAAUUUUACGGAAAAUAUUCCACUGGGUCCUAACACUACCCAGAUUGGUAUUACAACAUUUUCAACAACUCCCAGCACUGAAUUUUGGCUUAACGAACACUACGGAAUUUUAACACUUCACCAAGCACUAGAGAAUAUCGUUUACAAAAGCGGAGGAUCAUACAUAGCCAGAAGCUUGGAAUAUGUAAGGGCGUAUUCGUUUGCAGCUGUUAAUGGCGCAAGACAGGACUCUAAAAAGGUUUUGAUUCUUAUGACAGAUGGAAUAUCGCAUGAUAACUCGACAACAAUCGCCACUACACUGAAGAAUGAUGGCGUUCUUGUAGCAUGUGUCGGAAUAGGCAGACACGAAAUAGACAUGGACGAGUUAAACGAUAUUGCUUACAACUCCUCGUAUAUUUUUUCCGCGUCUGAUAUUGAUUUAUUAAACCAUAUCCAAGAUAUUGUGAAAAGCUCGCCAUGCGAACUCGCCGACAACACUUAG